CUGCACGGCGGCGGCCGAACGUGUUAAAUGGCUGUGCGUCGGCCAUGAUGGCUUUGAGCAGGGACCGUGUCACGCAAACAUGUUUUCAAAGUGAUAUAUCUCGUUUGGUGACUGAGUGACCGUGUUCCAGCGCGAUGGCCGGGGAACGAUGAGGCCCUGAGCGCUCUCUGUGCCGGGUAAUUCGGCCCCAGGGCCCCCAGCCAGGCCUCAAUAGCCAGGUCCACGGCGUUCCGCGAGCCCGAGGCCCCCCCAGCCGACCCGACUGGCCUCUUACGGUGCGGCCAGCCAUCCUUGGUUGUCAACACGCGCGAGCCAGCCGCCCUCAGGAUGAGCAAGCUGUCGUUCAGGGCGCGCGCCCUGGACGCCUCCAAGCCUAUGCCGAUCUACAUGGCCGAGGAGCUGCCGGAUCUGCCAGAUUAUUCGGCCAUUAACCGCGCGGUGCCCCAAAUGCCCAGCGGCAUGGAAAAGGAGGAGGAAUGCGAACAUCAUCUUCAAAGAGCGAUAUGCACGGGUCUAAUCAUUCCUACUCCUGAAGUAACCGAUCUGACAGAUGUGGAAGCUUAUAACAAGAUAUAUCCUGCUGAUUAUAAGCUACCUCGCCAGCUGAUACACAUGCAACCCUUUGCCAUGGAACAAGACAUACCCGACUACGAUAUGGAUUCGGAAGACGAGAAGUGGGUUGCGCUGCAAAGCCGUAAGAUGGAAUUGACUCCUCUCCAGUUCGAGGAGAUGAUGGAUCGUCUGGAGAAGAGUUCGGGACAAACUGUAGUUACCCUUAACGAAGCCAAGGCACUUUUGAAGGAGGACGACGAUUUGAUUAUCGCGGUGUUCGACUAUUGGCUCAACAAGCGGCUCAAAACUCAACAUCCUCUGCUAUUAACGGUUAAAACGGAAAAUCGAUUCGGCUCGGCUGCAAACAAUCCGUAUCUCGCGUUCAGACGCCGCACGGAGAAGAUGCAGACGCGGAAGAAUCGCAAGAACGACGAGACCAGCUACGAGAAAAUGCUGAAGCUUCGUAGAGAUCUUAGUAGGGCGGUCACGCUACUGGAGAUGGUGAAACGCCGAGAGAAGACGAAGCGGGAACAUCUGCAUCUCACGAUCGAGAUCUACGAGAAACGGUAUCAGGCGCAGGACUACAGUGGACAGAUAUUGGCGGAAGUGUCGGCGUUGAAAGCUCCGAGGCCAGCAUUUGCUCCACUUUUCACCAAUCAGUUUGGCGUUCACCAAAAUUGGACAAAUAAAGUUUGUAAAGACGAAGUAGUACCCAGGAAAGAAAAGCGACAGUAUAAGAAGCGGAAACAUAAAACGGACAGCAGGGGAGGAAGCUUAGACGACACUGGUAUUCGUAGCGGAACGGGUAGUGGUGGCGGCCGAGGAAAUCGCCCAGGAGUUCUCGGAGGCGGGCUGGACCCGCUCAUCAGUUCGGACGAUGACAGCCCACUUCCAUCUCAUUCGCACUCCCAGCCCUCGUUACCCUCCGAUCGCGAUGACGAAGACACCGCAGACGAGGGUCAAUUCGCCUUUCGUCGAAAUAGGAAUAGCUCUUAUUUGCCGCCUGUAUUAAGUGGUUUGGGAAAUUGGCCUUGGUGUGAUAAAAACGAAGGCGGUUGUGCUGAUAAAAAGUACAGGUUUGCGCUGACCAGCAUUAGCAAACCGGUGCCGAGGUGUAUUGGCUUCGCACGACGGAGAGUUGGUCGCGGUGGCAGAGUAAUACUAGACCGUUACGCGGCCGAUGUGGACGAUUUAUGGUCUACCUUAGAUUUCACGAUACAAGACUCCAAUCGCGAGACAGCGGAUUCAAACGCGACUGCCACAGCAACGACUACCGUCAAAAAGGAAUGGUUACAUUUUCGACCAAAGACUCCGCCCGCGUCGGCGCACAGUCCAAGCGAGGAGAGUAGCGACGACACGGACGUGGACGUAGAGUCAACAGUGUCCCGAUCCAAGCUUCCAUACCCGUUCCCACCCGAGGCGACGUCCAUAUGCAUCGAGGUGGAGCCGGAACGCGCGGGUGACGAAUCGCCGUUUACGUCGGAGUUUAAUAUCGCGGAUUACUUCGCGACGGACGUGGUGUCGGACUUGGAGCUCGCGGUGGCGGGCUUCGGUAGUAGUAGUGGUAGUAGUACGGUUAGUGCGUGCGUCAGUGGUCUCUCAGACGGCAGCGCGAACGAAUCACGGACAGACGGCGAGCUGGGCAGUUCACGCUUCGUGAUGACGCCGCUCGCGAGUAGUCUGUUCGCGCCGCCUACCGCGGCACAGCAGACCCGGCUUACAACAUGUUGCAGUGGUGGUUCUAGUGUUGUACAUACUUGUACGAGUUCUUCGUCGAUUCCUCCGUCGUCCUCCGUCGUCGCGUGUACGACCAGUCAGGCCGCCGUGGCAUCGAGUACAGUGUCCACGCAGUGCACUGUCGGUGUCAGUGCCGCGGUCGACACGCAAUCGAAUCAUCAGCAACACAAGCAGCAACACAGACAAUUGCCGAACAACAGUCCCGCUGCCUCCAUUCUCUCGAAAUCCUUGACUAGUCCGACAAAUAACAGGAAUGGCGGCAGCUGCGGCGGUGGUGGUAGUGGCGGUGGUAGUGCAAAUGUUAGGGUGUUUAGUGCGAGUACCACGUGCAGCGGCAGCGGUGGCGGCGGCAACGGUGGUGGUGGUGGUGGUAGCAGUAGUAGUAGCGGCAACGGUAGUAACGUCACAAACUUUGGCAAUAGCCACCAGAACGGCCCGCUGCCGCACAUAAACAACUCCAACAAUCUGACGAACAGCACUCACGUCGUCAACAACCAGCAGUCCACGUUAGUUCUACCACAGAAGCAUCCACCGUCCAAUCUGUUACCCGGCCUGAUAACGCAAAGUAAAUUGGCGAGCCUCGCGAGGCAGCAACAGCAACAGACGCAAAAUCAGGCGCCGCAGGUCCCAACGUCCGGGGAAAUUACGCUUAAUAGUAAUAGUGAAAGUUUGGAUAUGGAAGUGGAUGGAGUGGACGGUUCGCCGUGCGACAGCAAGCCGCAGCAGCAACAGCUUGUACGGGCGAACAAAACAAAUUCACUGGCGAUGGAAGUGACAUGAUGCCUGCUGUCGGCACCCCUGUUGCCGCCAAUACGUCACUGGGGGCUUCGCUAAUUCUCUUACCUUGCCUAUGAUGUCUGCUUCGGGCGGAAGAUCGAACGCGUACUGACGGUAUACUGCGCUACGUUGACGUGAAAGAGAGAUACACGGCUAGGUAUAAUUGCUCCUCCGAUCAGUUGUUUUGUCAUGGCGACGAUAAUCAGCGAUAGCGUGGAUUCUAAUGCAAGUACCAAGUUUCUUUUUUUUCUCUCCGUCGGGGGG